UUUCUGGUUAGUCUUGCCUAGCUGGGAUCCCCUCUUGGGUUUUCUCUCUCUCUCUCUCUCUCUCUCUCUCUCUCUCUCUGCGGGUGGAUGGAUUGAACUGUGACAGGUAAUUCAGUUUUGCGUGUUUAGUCGUGGGUGCUGUGAGGAAUUUUCGUUUAUUUCGUAGUAAGUUGUGGGAUUCGUUUUGGGUUGAAGAUUAUGUUGUGUUUUCUGAGCUGGGUUGUUAGAUUUUUUAUGUGGGCUGCGAGUUAGUGAAUGUCGGAGAUUGCGGCGGUGGGGUGAGAUGGACCGAUUUAGGGUUUUUUGGGGGGGGGUUGGUGGUUUGGGUUGUCGGGAUUUGUUAGGAGAGCUGUUAUGGGGGAUUUUUGUUUGAGGACUGUGUUAUGGGUUAGGUUCUUUUCGAGUUGAAUGCGUGAUGUUGUUCGUGGGUUUUUUUUGGGUUUGAUGUCGGAGUGAAGUCAUGUGGUCGAGGUGAUCUCUUCUGAAUCCUGAUGGGGAGUGAAGCCAUUUCGUGGUUGUUAGACGUUUUCAUUUGCUAUGGUAUGUGUUGAGAGGUUAAGUGUAUUAUCUAGAUAGUGUCGGUUGUAGAACUGGAGACUUUUGGCGACGUCAUUGUGAGAUUAAUUCGCUAACAUAGGUGUGUUUCGUCUAUGAGAUGCUCCGGCAUCUCCUCUCGACUCCAAUCAUGCAGAUAGUUUUGGAUUGGUGUGGACAAGACGGGCUGAUUUACAGCUUACCCUAUGGAUAGUCGAAAGCAGUUCUUCAAACUGAUUGAGGAAAAGAAGAGGAAAGCUUUGGAAAAGAAAGAAGCUCCCUUGAAGUGGCAGCAGAGACUGGAAGCGUCAGCAAAUGCCGUCAUUGAAGCUAAUGUGAAAGACCGCAAGUCGCAUAAGAAGCACAGAAAGCGCAGUAAGAGCUCUGACAGUGACUCUGACCAGAGUAGUGGGGAAAAGAAAAAGAGAAGGAAGAAGCGAAGGAGUUCUGAGAGUGAUUCUGACGAGGAUAGCGACGAGAGAAGGAAGAGAAGGAGGCAUAGGAAACACAAACGGAGUAAAAAUCUUAUCAAGCAUCGACAUGGCUCUAAGUCUGAGUCGGAAGAGAACAGUGAUGAUAGCAGAUCAGGCGAGAGUAAAGAAAAACGCUCCUCCAGAAAACGGAGUAGCAAGCAUCACAGACAACUUUCAGACUCUGAAGACGAUGAGCCCUUGAGACUUUCUGCUUGGCGGAAGGAGGAACAAAAGGGUAGUAUGUCGGACGACAGUGACCUCUCUGAUGAUGAAAGGAGUCACAGCAGAAAGCGCAAGAAAGAAUAUCAUCAGCGCAGCCAUCACCAUAAGCGGCACCUCGACAGCGACAAAGAGUACAAUGCGAAACUUCAGGCGGAGAAAUCAGAGCGAAAGUCGGAGUAAGCGUAGCGUUUGUUGGAUUACCAGAUAAGUGUUUUGAUCACGAUCGGUUGAACCCAACGAAAUGCUCAUGAUUUCUAUGGUGAUAGGUGCACUAAGCGAAAGCGCGACAAAUGGGCUUGGAUUAUACGUAGACUGGAGAAUGUUGCUUUGAAGCACACGAUCCCUGCAGUGAUACCCGUUCUACGUGCUAAUAACCCAGUUUUCAGUAAAGUUAGACUAGCAGUGAAGUAAUCUGUCUUAGGAGCAGCCUGGUAGUAGUUUGAAACAUAACGCUACCGACUACCGUCAUGUACAAUGGUGUCGAGUACGUUCCGAUGCAUAUUAUUCUCUAGAAUAUCUUUUUCAGAACAUGGGUGAAUUUCUACAUCAACAUUCUUUUGGCAACAGUAUGCUUCAAGAAUUUUAAAAAAUAAUAAUGUUGGUGAACAUCGAGCUUUGUGAGCGUGUGAUCUUAGAGAAGGUUGGUGUAGUGUGCGACCACAGAGUGUCCUGAGAUCUUCUGGUAGGUGAUCACACGAUAUCCCAACAUCAUGAAUUGGCAGAUGACCUGUGAAAGUGCUACGAGAGAGGAGUUCAGGUAGAUAAUCACAUCUCGAACGGGAGGGUUCCAUGAAGAGAAUUUCGAAAAAGCUUUUCACAUCACAGCAAUUUUUCUUCUUUAGAAAAUAAGUGCUGAUGAUAGGACGGAAGGAAUCUAACAUUUUGUGUAGCAUGAGUUUGUUGCUUGAAAAGCCCCCUGAACCAAUUGCACAUUUGUUUGACUAGAUCUAUUAAUAAAAUGGAUGGCGGUUGAAUUUA